AUGUCCGUCCCCGGCAACAUUAACACAGCGCCACCGCCUUCCUCCUUCGACGGCAACGAGGAAUUCUACGAGGAAUCGCGAUACCAGAAAUUCCAGCGGAAACUCUUCGAGGAACCAUUGAUACCGUUAGGAUGUGCUCUCACCUGUUGGGCUUUACUCGAAGCCACCCGCUCCAUCCGCUCCGGCGACAAACACCGCACAAACCGCAUGUUCCGCCGCCGAAUCUACGCCCAGGGUUUCACCAUCUUGGCCAUGGUCGCCGGGUCGGCGUAUUGGGAAAGCGAUCGACAGAAGCGGAAUCAAUUCAAUGAGCUGAAGUCGGAUGUGGAGAAGAAGGAGAAGCAUUCGGCGUGGUUAAGGGAGUUGGAGGCGCGGCAGGAGGAGGAGGAUGAGAUGAGGAGGGUGAGGGAGAGGUAUAUCCAGGGUCGCGUGCAGGAGAGGAAUGGUGGGCAGGGGAGUGCGAGUGCGAGGGAGGGUUUCAGGGAUGUAAAGAGUGUGUUGGAGGUGUGUGAGGAGAGGGGUAGUGGCCCGAUCAUGGCGGCGGUACGGGCGUUAUGGGAGGGACGAAGAUGA